UGGUUCUUCGCGCGAGUAAGAAAGAAAGCAGACACAAGGGAGGGAUGGGAGCCGGAGACUUCAUUGAAUUCUUCUCGUCAGCGCUCUCGCCUCUGGGCUCGGCUGCGGCGGGUGGAGCAGGCGGUUCAAGGCUUGCCGUCGGAGAAGAGGGCGGCGCUGGAGGCACGUCCUCCCAGGACGGUCCAGUACGCGAGCGCAGAGCGAGCCAGGAAAGGAGCGGCCCCGAUUACGAUGAAUCCGAUGGUUAUGGGGCCCAUGAUGGCCAACUCGGGCGGCCUCGACUUUCUCGACGACUUUCUCGGGCUAUUCGACACCGAAUGGCCCUUCCUGCUCGCCAUCGUCGUGUGCUCCUUCUCCUUUCUCGGGCUGACCAUCUCCUCUCUCAUCCUCACCGUGUCGUUUGUACCGACACACUGGUCCAUGAAGGUCAUCUGGACCUGCUCGCUGCUCGCGCUGGUGGCCUCCGGGAUCUUCCUGGUCGAGCCACGCCCCUCGCACUGGCUCGCCACAUUUGGGCAGGUGCGCCACUUCCUGUGGCGCGCGUCGGGCGGGGAGCUUCGACGCCGCCUCCGCCGCUGGUGGCGCUGGCGGAAAAAGUAUGCCAUGAAGACAAAGCUGAACGUGUGAGAGAGGCCGCUCCUCUCCCUCCGUCUGCACACCGCACGCUUUCGUACAGUGUGGUCUCAGGCAUCGAGUCUCGCCAUGUACACGGUAGUCCCCAGCCUCCUCCACUGCAUAUCCCUGGAACAGUGGAGCGGCUCAAGCGUCACACCCUGUCGAGGCUCGAGCGUCGUCUCAGGAGACUCAGCCCUCAGCGGCCCCGCCCCUCGCCUGUGUUAUGAAUCUGUGGUUCUCUCUCCAUUCUCUAUAUCCCCUCGUAGCUCGUUUUCGUUCUUAUCUCAGCUAUAACUA